CCAAUUUUAAGUACAUUCGGAUUCUUAUCAUAGUCGAGUAUAGGGUGCAUAAUUAGAUCUGGACUCUUACUAUUUAGUGGGGCCAAAUCUAAGGGAUGAGAAUUAAUAAGAUUUUUUCUCUAUACUUUUCUUAAUAGGCUUUUAUCUUCUUCGUUUCAACUUGAAUUUCAAAAAGAUGUACACAGAGGGAAUGAGUUCGUUGUGAUUUACAAAAUGAUAACCAUUUUCAAUAUAUUUUGUGAUUUUUUUUUCAUACACCAAUACCACUCAGUACCACCUUCAUUUUUAAAUCAAAUUUUGAAAAAUUUGCCAAAGAAGAACAAGUUUGUUGUGAUCUAUUAGAUCUAAAUUUCCGGAGAAAAAAUUUUCAGGACAAAAGAAUACAAUCCUGGUACAGGGUGGUAACUGGUGGUAUACAUUGAUGAAAUGUGGUAGAUGACGGUUAAUAUUUUUUUAUGAAUACAUUUAAUAUAUUUCUACUAUCAUAUAUGCAACCAUUCUACACUGCGGUAUGUUCAUACCAGCAUGAUACACUAUCAUACCAUGUGAUAUAAUCUUAUAUACAUACAUACCAAGUAGUACCAUAUGGUAUAGACAGGUAAUAAAAGUCUCAAUUUUUUUGGUUCUAAAAUUAUAUCAAAGUGGAUGUCAUUUUGAAGAGCAAAAUUAAUUAGAGGAAAAUUAUUAUUCUUUCAUAAUAGUAAGUACGUGGUUAACUGGUUAUACUCUCAAAAUUAGUAUUGUAUGGUCUCAUUUGUUGUGGCCCUAAUAUGUGGGCUUUUUACUUAUUAUGUUUGUAUGUAGUCUUUAUCUUUGAGUUAAUACUUAAUACCCUCUUUACACACAUUUCCAGAUUUUACUUUUUAAUGAAACCGUUUGUAAAAAAAAAAAAACUGUUAAUCAUCAUUCAUCAUCGCCACCACUACCACUAGCAAAACGUACAGAAUACAGAUAUGCGUCCAUCCAGAGGACAAUUAUUACUGUUGGGGUUACUUAAGGGCCCAAGAGGAAAGCUCAAGGGGGCCAGCAGGUGGGGAGUUUGGGUCUAUCAAAGGGAAGGCCCAGGACUGUGACCUGGGCAGUUGGUUCCAGCUUAGAGGGGACGCAUAGCGACAAGCAGGGGUCAACGACCUGGAACGUACGGAGGGGACAAGGGACAAGGAGUGGGGUCGGGCGCCUCAGGACCCAGAAGAAUGUGUCAGAGUGCCACGGUUCCUGGCAAGUAUAAGUACGAUGCAUUUAAUGGCACGAUGACGUAGGGCGGAUUUGGGGGGCAAUGGUCGGCCCUACCCCGAGUAUAAAUAGCGAAGUGGGUGGAGCUCAUUUACUCAGGUUGGAACUUCUCUUUAAAACUAUGUUUCACUUCUCUCUCUAGAAAGACUGUCCUAACUUGGGCGUCGGAGUCUAACGAGCCCUAAGUAAGGGGCUCGGUGGGCGCCUUCGUGUGCAGGGACGAGGCGCGCGGUAGGAGCAAGUUAGGAAAAGGAGGAGCGCGUGGACCAUCGGGGACGUCGGGUUACGUGGCAUAAACAAUUGGCGCGCCAGGUAGGGGAAUAUAGCCUUGAAAGCAGGGGAGUCAUGGAGGAAGCGGCGGAAACGGCAGGAGAGAGCACCCGCGCAACGAACAAAGCGGGGUCGGAGGAGGCGCCCCGUUUGUCGGAAGAGGUGCAAGGAGGGGGACACGAGGCGCAAGAGUCGAUCCAAUCGGAGGGCGUCACGCUCACCAAGGAGCACUUGAUUCGCAUAAUAGAGGAGCAAGAUCAAGCGCUCGAGGCACUAAGGAAGGAAGUGGAGGCUCUGAAGAAGGGGGGAGACAUAGCGCCUCCCCCCGGCGGAAGGAAAAGAGAGAGAAUCGAGGACGAGGAGGGGGUGUCCAGCGCUCUAAGGCGCACAGAGGAGCUAGGACAUCUAACCCGGCACAUGGCGCCAGACUUUGACGAACAUAACGGGUGGGCGCCCAGGCGCCUCGGGUGGUCUUGGGGAGUCAGGAAACCGCUGGCGCGGAGCAUCUUGGCGGAGCAGGCCAAUUCGGUCAUACCGACGCUCCCUAGCUACGACUGCACAACUGAUCCGGAAGAUCACCUGAACAAUUACUUCACCAAAAUGCAGUUGUACAAUAGCUCGGACGCCACGUUGUGCCACGCCUUCCCGUCGACCUUCGUCAGCGUGGUGCUGGAUUGGUACCAUAAGAUGGAGGAGGGUAGGAUCGACAGCUUUGAGCAAUUCCCGGCCAUGUUUCUCUCAAAGUUUGCCACCCGGAAGCGCAUGAGCCUAACGAUUAGCGCAUUAUUCAAGGUAAGGCAGCGAAAGGGCGAAGCGCUCCGGGACUUCUACGAGCGAUGAAUGUCGAUCGCGAUGGCGGUCAAAGACGUCAAGCCCCUGGUCCUAGGGUGCUGUUUGGACGAGUGCACCACAAGUGAAGAGCUUUGCCGAGCGCUGUCGAAGCGGGACGUUGUGUCUACAGAGGAUUUGGACCUCCGGGUGCAGAAAGUCAUAAUGUUGGAAGAGACAUUGUCUGCGAGGAGAAUGGAACGAAGAGAGGCGCGUCCCAAAGAGCCAGAGGGGUCACGGGCGCCCCAGAUGUCACAC